CUCUCUCUCUCUCUCUCUCUCUCUCUCUCUCUCUCUCUCUCUCUCUCUCUCUCUCUCUCUCUCUCUCUCUCUCUCUCUCUCUCUCUCUCUCUCUCCCUCUCUCUCUCUCUCUCUCUCUCUCUCUCUCUCUCUCUCUCUCUCUCUCUCUCUCUCUCUCUCUCUCUCUCUCUCUCUCUCUCUCUCUCUCGCAGUCUCUCUCUCUCUCUCUCUCGCAGUCUCUCUUUCGCUUCAUUAGAGCUGAUGUCAGGAAGGGAGGAUGAUGAUGGGGCUUUAUGUGUUUCUCUGUAAGCUUUGGGCCGAAGUGAAGGUGAAGACGGAGCGCGAGAUGAUGAAGAUUGACUGAAUGAGUCUAACACUGUCUGGCUCAGAAUCUUCCAGAAGUCCAGAUGGAGCAUGCGGAUGUGGAGAGCAGCAUCGCGGUCAGACAGCUCAAACUGCCCAAGCAGGUGCGAGACGAUGUCCCUACAGCAGCACAGGAGAGAGAGCGUGGCAAGCGGAAGGUCCAGCGGUACGUCCGGAAAGACGGCAAGUGCAACGUGCACCACGGAAAUGUGCGGGAGACAUACCGCUACCUGACGGACAUCUUCACCACGCUGGUGGACCUCAAGUGGAGGUUCAACCUCUUCAUCUUUGUGCUGGUGUACACGGUGACGUGGCUCUUCUUCGGCUUCAUGUGGUGGUUGAUCGCGUACGCGCGGGGAGACCUGGACCACAUCGGGGACAACCAGUGGACGCCAUGCGUCAACAACCUCAACGGCUUCGUGACGGCGUUCUUGUUCUCCAUCGAGACGGAGACGACCAUCGGCUAUGGCCACAGGGUGAUCACUGACAAGUGUCCGGAGGGCAUCGUCCUGCUGCUGGUGCAGUCCGUGCUGGGCUCCAUCGUCAACGCCUUCAUGGUGGGCUGCAUGUUCGUGAAGAUCUCGCAGCCUAAGAAGCGUGCAGAGACUCUGGUGUUCUCCACCAAUGCCGUCAUUUCCAUGCGCGACGGCCGCCUGUGUCUGAUGUUCCGCGUCGGGGACCUGCGGAACUCGCACAUCGUGGAGGCAUCCAUCAGGGCCAAGCUGAUCAAGUCCAAACAGACCAAAGAGGGAGAGUUCAUCCCUCUGAAUCAAACGGACAUGAACGUGGGCUACGACACUGGCGACGACCGCCUCUUCCUGGUGUCUCCGCUCAUCAUCUGCCACGAGAUCAACCAGCACAGUCCCUUCUGGGAGAUCUCCAAAGAACACCUGGCCCAUGAGGAGCUGGAGAUAGUAGUCAUCCUGGAGGGCAUGGUCGAAGCAACAGGGAUGACGUGUCAAGCGCGCAGCUCGUACGUGGCCAGCGAGAUCAAGUGGGGAUACCGCUUCACCCCCGUCCUGACCCUGGAAGACGGUUUUUAUGAAGUUGACUACAACAGUUUCCACGACAUCUAUGAAACCAACACGCCCAGCUGCAGCGCUCGAGAGCUGACCGAAAUGAUGGCGCGCUCGCGCCUGCCGCUCACCUGGUCGGUGCCGAGCAAACUAAGUCAGCAGGGCACGCUGGACUCGCAGGACGACGCUCACGAGAAGAGACCCGACAUGGAUGAGCUGACGGAGAGAAACGGAGACAUCGCCAAUAUGGAGAACGAGUCAAAAGUGUAGGACGAAACGCGUACGUCACCCUCUCCUCUGCGUCUGCAGAUGUUAGGCUGAGGUCAGAGGUCAGCUCAGGAAAGCACCCUUAUCUAACGCGCCUCUUUCUCACCUCAAAGACUGCGGCGAGUGGACGGAUGAACUGCAUGGUUUUCAAAAAUAUUUUUUUUUGUAAAGAUGAGAAAUGAUAUUUUCGGAUUUGUAAUUCAAAGAUUAAAGUCUAUAUAUGAAUAUAUAUAUAUAGAGAGAGAUCUAUUCUAGGGCAUUUGUAUUUUUUGUAUAUAUAUAUUUGAAUAUUGGUUUGCGCUGUGUGAUUAUUUGACAAGAGGUUGUUUGAUACAAACCUUGACUCAAUUGUACGUCUGUAUAUUCUGCCUUCUGAACUAGAAACUCUUGGAGUUUACAGACAUAUUUAGCCGAUCCUCGCAUGGACGAACCAAUCCUGUAAUAAGCAGAUUUUCUCUGAUGUACAUUGAAGUGUAGGUCAGAACAGCAGCUCUUUAAACUGGAUGCAAACCUGGAGGAGGUGAAUGUGGCUCAAGUGGCCAGCGGAUGUUUUGCAUGGUCUCAUGAAGGUGUGUGUGUGUGUGUGUGUGCGCGCGUGUUGUGUAGCUGUGCAUGUCUGCUCAAAUAACCUUCCGUCCUGAGAGCAGGACUUUAUAUAUCCAUUUUCACCUCCCGUUGUUAUUUAUUUUAUAACCACCCUUUAGGUUCUUUAAGUGUAGAGAAACGAGUUCACUUAAAAAUUUCGAGUCUAUUAUUAUUUAUCAAGAAUCUCGUUUCUGUCAAAAUCUCAAUUCAAGUCUCACAGCUGUAUUUUGUGUGUGUGUGUAAUCUCCGCGUCAUGCGUGUGCUGUAGUCCUCAGAUCUCAUUCCACUGUGUGUUGAGAUUUGAGAGUCAGGAGGAGAAAUACUCUUCUUCUAUAAGUUCUAACAUUAUGAAAUGUUCGGGUUCCACAGAAAGGAGCAUUCUUCUGAGGAUGAUAAAUAACCACAGGAUUUUAUUUUGUGAAACUAAUCACGAAAGUGCAGCUGUUUUCGGAGGAAUGUCGAGAGCUCGGUUCGAUUUGUUCUUGUUUGUUAUUCUUGGUUUUGUUAGGCAGAAACAGCUGAUGUGAAUCCGAUGAGUUGAAUCGCUCGCACCCAAAACCAAAGAGCCGAUCUCCUCGCAUCACAGGAGCAGAUGAAUCAUAUCGUGAUUCUUUUCAUCCGCAUCGGCUGUCCUGUUUCAUCCUGUAACGAUGUUCAAUAAUCAACAGAAUCUGGUGAGAUCAGCAAGAAAUCCCACUGAAAGAGGCCGCAAAAAGUCUUCUCGAUAAAGCGCCCAAUAAUCAGAAAGAAUCAAACGUUAUGUGUGCUGUGUAUGAAGUGCCCUUUAAAUGAUGGAAAGCCAUUCAGUUCAGCUCAUUCGCUCGGGAAACAAGUCAGGAAUAUUCUUUCACUUGUCUUCUUUCACAAGCCAUUACACGCCGAUACAGACCUGAGCAUACAUCACGACGGUUCAUCACGCUUUCAUCGUUGAUUUCAUUACAAAUCACUAAAACCAUCACAAACACAAGAAAUCUGAUCAUGUAAUGUUGUUAUAACAUUCAGUGUUUCAUGUCAAAGAUGAAUCGAGUUAUUCAUGUUCACAGUGGAAUGGGAACUGUACUGAUUUAUGACUCAUGAUGUUUUUACAUUAAACAGUAUCAUUCAAAAACCAGAUCAGCAUUCAUCAUUGGUUGAUGUUUUAGAACGGCAUUGGCAACAUUGAUUCUAGAUAAAUAAAGUAGUGUGUAUAUAUAUAAACAGCAGUAUUUUCCUAAACAAACCAGUUUCAAUAUCCGUGGUAUGUCCGUUCUCAAUGAGGCAGUUAUUCAUGACGGAAAUCAAACAAAGAGCUUUUCAAGGUUAAAAAAAUGGUCUGAAAUUGAGCGACGCCUGCUCGUUCCAUCACAGCGUGGCACCAAAUCGCUUGCAAAAACCUUUAGAUUAGAGUGGGGUAAGAUGAGCCAUUUUUUACUUAUGUGGUCCUCAGGAUGAAAGAAGACGAGGCAUAAGUGCAAUAAAAGUGUUUCAUCUAAUUUCAGGAUGUUUCCUAUCAAUCUAAAUUAUAUGAACACAUCUAUGACAUGUGGUUUUAAAAAUAUGGCUUUUAUAAAAUAGUGCUCCUGUGGCUCAGUUUGCCCUAUGAUAGGGGUAAGUUGAACCAUAUGGAGAUGCAACUGAAUUUAAAUGAAGACAAUGUUUUUAAAGAUUUACCUUCUAGAAAAGGAAUUCAAUCAUUGAAUUAAGCUAACUUAAACAAACAACCUUUACAUUUCAAUAUCUUUAAUUUGCAAUAUCUUCCGGUUUGCAUUUCUGAAAUAACCUAUAACAAAGUUGUAACCUUCCAAAAACAGACUAGACAGAGUUUGUUGAUUAAAAAUAAACGAUUUUCUGCUCUCACUAUGUCUGUUUUUGUAGAUUCUUGGUAUUAUACGGUGCUUGUUAAUGCCAAACAUGUUAGGCCAUUAGUGGUUGCAUUUUAUUUUACAGUACGUGUACCUAUAAUGUACUUACCUAAGAAAUUAAUGGGUAGUAAGGUAACUACAUGGUGUAAGUUUAGGGUUAGUGGUAGGUUCAGGGUUAGUACCUAGUCACUAUAUUUACCGUAAUAAGUACACAGUGUGUACAUGGGGACGUGCUACCUCAUUAGGGACUUAAGUUUCAUUAAAAUUAUACAGGUUUAAAGAUUAGAAAUUGAAGUUAACUUAAGUGUCGACACAAGUUCACUUUGCCCCAUAGCUGCCACUUUGGAAAAAACUAGCUACAAGGCUACUAUUUAGCCAAAUUAUUUGCAUGGUUUUAUAUGCUGGUAAAUCACCGACAUGCAUCAUAAAUAUUUUUAGACCUGGAUACAUUUGAUUUGAUGUACCAGCCAUUACAGGUGAUAUGCAAAAAAUGUACUUUGACAAGCCAAAAACAGCUUUUAAAGUCAAUUAAUGCUGUCCAGUUCACAUUUCCACAUUCUGGCAGAAAUAGCUGGUGAUUCCAAAAUGAAUGGUCAAAUGACAACAAAAGUGUCGCUGAGAUACAGUGGGUAGAUCAUGUAACCCACUGGCUCAUCUUACCCCACUCUCCCAUACUCAAUGGGUUCCUCUGUGGUGGAAUGAACUGCCCGCCUCCACCCAACUGCAGCACCCUUCACAACUGUCAAAAAACAGCUCAAAACACACCUGUUCCGCAUUUACUUGACUAACCAAUAACUGUCUGUCUGUCAAAAAAAAAAAAUCCUGUUGUUGAUUCUCUCCUUUGCUUACUCCGGCGUUAAUCCUCCAGUAGCAUGGCCUUGUUAACUAAUGGUGCUAUUUAGCCUGUUGACAAACUGUUUAUAUGCGCUUAAAAGCAUCUGCCAAACGAAAGCAUGUAAAUGUAAUGUAAAAGAAAUGUCAGUCGGUCUUCUGACAUUAACCCAACUGAACGUUUGAUUGUGGUUCAUUGAGUGAAGGCAGAAAGAUCCACAAACCGCAUUUGCAGACCAUCAUUCACUGUAACACAAACAUGAUCAUCUGUACAUGUGUAAAUCAAAUCAAUGUUUGGAAAGCCUUUGAAUUAAAGUUAAAGAAGUCUUUCACGUUCAAUGUGGUGGCCAAAAUUAUGUAACUACAACCACAUUCAAUACUCACACAAAGACAGUGCGUCUAAAUCUCACUUGUGCACGUGCUGCCAUCUCGAGGUCACGGCGGUUGUUGAAACUCCGUGACGUCACUCUGUAUUUCAUCUUUUACAGCAGUGGGAGUCAAACUGUGGAAACGCUUCCUAUUAGAAUCAGAAUCAGAAGAGCUUUAUUGCCAAGUGUGCUUGCACACACAAGGAAUUUUCUUUGGUGUUGGAAGCUUCUAGUACAGACAUUCAACACAAUGACAAUACAAUAUAAUAAGAUUUACAGUCUAAAAGAUUCUAAAAUAUGCAUAUAUAAAAUAAAGACUAUUUUACAGAAAAUGGGGGAUAAUAACAUAUAAGAGACAUUGUACAGGGUAGUAUAGAGUAGAAUAUACAUAUUAACAGAUUGUAUGUACACUUGUGCAAAUGGAUAAUGUAGUAAGUAGAGGUAGUGUUAUAUACAUGUAUAAAUAAAUGUAGAUAUAAUAAGGCACUAUAGUGCACACUAUAGGUGUAGUGGAAGUGGAAUAUUGCUCUUAAGGAGCAGUUAUCUGUUUAGGAGGGAGAUUGCCUGGGGGAAGAAGCUGCUUCUGUGUCUGGAAGUCCUGGUGUUUGGUGCUCUAAAGCGCCGGCCAGAGGGCAACAGUUCAAAAAGUUUGUGUGCUGGGUGUGUGGAGUCAAUGAGGAUUUUUCUUGCCCUGUUUUUCACUCUGGAAUCGUACAGGUCCUGAAGUGUGGGCAGAGGAGCACCAAUAAUCUUCUCAGCACUACGAACUGUCCGUUGUAGUCUUCGUAGGUCUGAUUUGGUGGCCGAGCCAUACCGAACACAACAGUAAUUGAAGUGCACAGAACAGAUUGGAUGACCACUGAGUAGAACUGGGUCAGUAGCUCCUGUGGUAGGUUGAACUUCCUCAAUUGACGGAGGAAGUAUAACCUCUGCUGGGCCUUCUUUACAACGUAGUCUAUGUGGGACUCCCACUUCAGGUCCUGAGAGAUGGUGGAGCCCAGGAACCUGAAUGACUCCACAGUAUCCACAGCGCUGUCCAGGAUGGUGAGGGGAGGAAGUGAUGGAGGGUUCCUUCUGAAAUCCACUAUCAUCUCUUGAUACUAUCAUCUCAUAUCAUUGUCUUGAGUGCAUUCAGCUCUAGGUUGUUUUGACUACACCAGGCAGUCAGCUGAGCAACCUCUUUUCUGUAAGCAGAUUCAUCACCAUCUUGAAUAAGGCCAAUGACUGUGGUGUCAUCUGCAAACUUCAGGAGUUUGACAGAAGGGUCUGUAGAGGUGCAUUCGUUUGUGUAGAGUGAAAAUAGCAGUGGAGAAAGAACAUAUCCAUGAGGAGAUCCGGUGCUGAUGGUACAUGUGCUGGAUUUAAAUUUCCCAACCUCACUAGCUGCUGCCUGUUCGACAGGAAGUUAAUAAUCCACUGACAGGUAGAGGUUGGCACAGAGAGCUGGGUAAGCUUGGGCAGAAGGAGAUCAGGGAUAAUGGUGUUGAAGGCCGAGCUGAAGUCUACAAACAGGAUCCUGACGUAAGUCCCUGGUCUGUCUAGGUAUUGUAGGAUGUAAUGCAGUCCCAUGUUUACUGCAUCGUCCACAGACCUGUUUGCUCAGUAAGCAAACUGGAGGGGAUCAAGAAGUGGUCUAGUGGUACUUAAAGGGACGUGACACGACAGGAAAUUAAAAAGUAUAUAUAUUCAUACAUUCGUGUUUUAAAUACAAUUUCAAAUGUUAUACAUGAUCGAUAAAUACAAAAUACAUAUCAUUCAGCCUAUGUGAAAUUUAAAUAAAGUUGUAUGAAUUAUUGUUUAUUUCUAAUUGGUCGAUGCGGGAGCAGACAGACGCAUUUCUCCAGUUGCUAAAUAUGUUCAUGUAGUGAUUUCUUCUAUUUCUGGUGCAAUGGCAUUUCUGCGCUGUCUUGGAGAUGUUAGCUGUCUCUAAUAGGAUCGGUCACAAACAUCUAAUGUGUUGUGUCUUAUUAACUCACUGUCAUUCAAUUCAAUGUCAUUUUAUUUUAUAGCACUUUUACAAUUUGCAUUGCAUCAAAGCAACUAUAAAAGAAAACCAAAACCAAGAUAAUCAAAAGUUGAACACACACACACACAAAAAACAAUAAAAAAUCGGAUAAACCUUAAAAGUAAUAUGGAAAUUGACAUGCAUUGCAACACAUUUCUUCUCACUUUUUGUGUUUCGUCCAUUUCUCUGCUGCUAAAGAAACUCUUAAGUCUCUUAAAAGUCCUCCUCGCUACUCCUAAAAUGUUGGACUUUAAGAGCUCUUUUAAGGGUGAAGAAGCUUUAUGAAUUACUUCUUUACUAGGAUCUUUUCUGUAAUUCUAAGGGGAAACGCCCACAUUUCUAAGAAUUUUCAUACAAUUGUGUCACUAGGAGCAACUCUUUGCGCUAAGAUUUUUCAUGAAUACGGGUCCUGCUAAACAUCUUAGAAAGAGCUGUUGUUCAUCCAUUCUAAAUCCUACACAUCUUACAGACGUCUUCUAGAGGUCUAUAUGACAUCUGACCGUAGACGUCUCAGAGAUGUAGGGCAGAUGAGAAUGAAAAUGCCAGAUGUACAUGCACUAUCAGGGGGGUUUUGUGGCCACUGCUGACUGCCUUGAAAAAAAGAAAGAAAAAAACUUUAGUUUGAAAACACCUUGUAAAUAAAAAUGUUAUUAUUAAAUUAGAAUUGAAGGACGAGGUGUAUGUAUUCAAGAGGCAUUAAAGAUUCUCAGCUUUACUAUUAAUUUGAGUAUUUAUUCAUGUUUUUUAUGACAGUCAUAAGGUGCUACUUGGAACAACUAAUCUUAUUAAAGGUGGUACUGAAAAGUUUGAGAACAUCUGUUUUACAGCAUUUCAUUAAGAGUCGCAGAGUGUGACCGAUUUUUUGUUCUAAAUGAUAUUUCAGUAAAGAAUACUUGUCUACUGAACUGAAUAAUGCAGCUUGUAGAUUUCAGCUCUUUAACACAGUCAUCGCUAGCGGUCCAGCGGAUCGUACCUGACCAGACUUUCUGUGUGACCGGUGGAGGCACGUGACCGGGAGAACAUGUAUUUGACUCCAGAACCAUCAGCACUUUUCUUCUCCCUGUACACACCAGCAGCUAAGGGUCUGUCAAACGAUGCAAGUUUGCAGAUGACACUAUAUCUGAUGACCAUCUUGUGACCUGAUACAGUCAGACAAACCUGGAGCUCAACAUGUGAAAGAUUUCAGAAUGGCUGCGAGUACACAUCCAUGACCCUGAAGAGGACAGGUAAGCUUGUGGCUGAAUCCUCUAAAUCCGAGACACAAACUUCCUCCAACAGGAGACUCAAAACAGCUUCUAUUUGGAGGUGGCUUCAUUAGCAGUAGACACCGUGUCCUCUCACUCACCCUCACGGCCUUUACACACAGCACACUGACCAAAAACCACACACACCUCUGACUGCGCUUCACAUCUCACAUAAAAGUGUCAAAUGUUUGAUAUUUUCAUUUAUGUAUAGAGUAUAUGAAACCUGCAAAGUAAAGCUAUGAUUUAUGAUGUGACGUUACACACAGACAUUCCUUUUAA